GUUGCAGCAGGUACACAUGCAGGAUAGAAGCAACCACCAACAGCGGAUUUCCAUUUGUCGCUUCCAUGGCCCGCCCAACUCAGGUGCCAAAAUUAAUUCACAAGCCACGUCGUACCACCCCCCACAGCGCCAAAAUUCUCACUUCCCACUCGUGCACAACCCACCCAGCCCAUCACGAAGCAACUCGGCCCAAUUGACCCGGCACACGAGCAAGAACCCAGUUCAGUCCGCUCCGCCGCGCCCCGUUGCGCUCCACCAAGCCGCCAAUUCCAGACCUCCUACUGCCCCACCUCGCGCUCCUCUCGCCAAGCUCCCCCGCGCCACAUGCGUCACCGUGCAGCCGCGACCGUUGCAUCCUGGGCGCGCCCGCGCCAGACUUCCGAUCUCCGCUGUGUUGACCGAUCGCUCUGGCCGUGGCACGCGCUGUCGCAAGGAAGGGGUUUCGGGUCUAGAAGAGGGGAUCGGCGGGAAGGCCUGAACGCGGUGGGGCCGGCGACUUGUCUGUCUGCGUGGGCAUGGGAUUGUGAGCGGGUGUGUUGAUUUGGCGAGAUGAGAGGUGGAAGCCUGGAAUGCGCUGGAAAAGUUGCAUGAGCGGGGUGGGUGGGGAGGGG